AUGAGCAUUGAAAAGCGCACUAACUUCACCAUUAAUGAAAUUGAUGAUUACCACAUGCUCCGAAACGACCCGGAUUACGAAAUCGUCAACCCAAAAAUAAUCGAGAUCUUUAUUAAUGAAGAUGCUUUCACCCUUUGGUAUGAAACUUCAGCCAAAAGACAUUCACAUUGGAACAUAAGCAACACCAGUAUUUCAAAAGCGACAUACUCUACCGCGUCUCCCAGCGAUGUUGUGAAAACCAUUUAUUUUGUGUGCAAGCAUGCGGGCAUGCCAAGAAAAGCCAAACCAGAAGAAAAUUGUGGACUUGAGCGCAAGCCCAAGAGAAUUCGUAAGGAAUCUAUCAAGGAUGGCUGCAAAGCUAAGAUCACCAAGAAGACUUUACGGAAUGGCCGUGUUGCGGUUGAGUACAUGUGGCAUCAUGCUACUCACCAACCAGAAAAAAACCUAGCUAUGGGAAGUGGUUGUGGUAGAGAAGCAGCAGAAGUAGCACGGAAUGAUUUACGGUGUCUAGAGAUGCAGGAAAGUAUUGGCAAGGAUUUGAGUGUUUUAAUUAGCUUAGUUAAGGAUAAAAUAAAAGACUCAAAGAGCAAACUAGAUAGCUUAAACAUGCUCUCUGAUCAACUGGGCGUGUGCAUCUCCAAAGUUGAAAAGAUUGGUACUGCUCUGCAACAACAGCAGCCAAAAGAAAAAUAA